GCACGCCCCCCUUUUCUGCCAAAUCGCGAAUCGCGCAAGAACAAAAAGUACCAACCCCUGAUAGGCUCUUUGCAUGGAAAAUAGCACACUCAUCAGCAUGUGUCUGUUCCCACGACCCCUGUUCGCUAGAGCACCUUUUGCUUGCAUGUCCUCGACUAGCUCCUGCAAGAAAAAAUCUGAUGAGCUGCCUUAAACAGCUCCAUCUUAACUCCUCUAUCAAUCUGUCUACAAUCCUCUUAACAAAUAAUAGACAAAUCUAUUUUGCAUUGCAUGCCCUGUUUCAGGUCAUCUUUCCUAAAUGUAAAUACAACUAGUAAAAAUUAAACCAACAUAAAUAAGACCUGGCUAAAUGGUAUUAACUAUAGCCAAUUAAAUCAAAAUACAACAACAACAACAACAAAAAGUAGCAAAAGACGUGUGUGUGCGUGCGCCAGUUUGUUUUUGUUGUGUUUGGUUGAUUCCUGUUUUAUUGCGGUACGAAGGAAUUAUGACGUGAUACGAAGUCGCACGAAAACGAUGCACUUCUUGUCUUUGGUGCUCGGAUCUAUUCUUCUAGUGCUUAUUUGCGUCGCCGGGGACCAAAUUUGCCGACUGUCAGUGCUUCAGUCCAGCAAAUGGGCACUUUUGCGAGCCCUUGCAGACAAUGUGACCCAUGGUGCGGUCGGCGGUCUCUCGUGGUGGCUGCUCAUUGGCAUCCAGUGGCCCUUGCUGCCCGCUUCAUCACGAAUUCUGCAGUCCAUCUGGGUGGCCUUUAUCGCUUCUGCAAUCGAUCUGGACCACUUCGUGGCUGCUGGAUCUCUUAAUAUUCACGACGUGGUGCGUCUGCCCCACCGCCCUCCUCUCCACUGCACAGGACUGUGCGUCCUGGCGCUGGCCGCCCUGACGGUGUGCGCCGUUUUCUACCCUGGGAUGCGGCUUCUGCCCUGCCAGUGGCUGCUCGCCUUCGCCACACACCACGUUCGCGACGCCACUCGCAGGGGCCUUUGGCUCAUUCCUGGCCUCUGGUCGACCCGACCUUUGCCCUACUGGCUCUAUCUUGCCCUCGAAGUUGCCGCCGCGCCACUCGUGGCCUUAGUCCUGCCGCUGGACUUCAAAACUCCUGUGAUCAGUGUGGUGAACAGUCUUACUGAUACUUCAUUCGUUUGAAGUGAAAACUCGAAUAUAAAAGCUAUAUUUUAAGGAGUGCCUUAUGCUGCAAAUUAUUAUAAAAAACCAAAUUUUUAAACUUAAAUACUCUGAUUAUUUAUUUAUUUAUUAAUUCUUGCUAGAUUUUUUUU